AUGGGUUACGCAAAUCGCUACAACACCUUCACAACCAGAUUUGCUUGUAUCCGCUUCUCGAGACAAAUCACUAAUUGUUUGGGACUACGACGAAGUGAUGAUCAGUAUGGUAUGCCUGUACGGUCAUUGCAUGGACACAAUCAUUUUGUAAGCGACGUGGUUAUGUCAUCGGAUGGUCUGUACGCUUUGGCAGGCUCCUGGGAUCGUACGCUCCGAUUGUAUGAUUUGGAGACUGGCAAAACAACUCGUCGUUUUUGUGGUCAUGAGGGAGAUGUUUUGAGUGUUGCUUUCAGUGCUGACAACAGGCAAAUCGUCAGUGGAUCCCGGGAUAAAACAGCAAGGUUGUGGAAUACAUUAGGCCAUUGCAAAUACGUCUUCACCGACGGGGGUCAUACUGAUUGGGUCUCGUGUGUCAGAUUCUCUCCAAACACUGAUAACCCAAUUGUGGUAACAUGUGGCUGGGAUAAGCAAGUGAAGGUUUGGGGAUUGAGUAACUGCAGUCUGCGUACAACGCACUAUGGCCAUACAGGAUACCUAAACACAGUCACAGUUUCACCAGAUGGGUCGCUCUGUGGCAGUGGAGGAAAAGAUGGACAAGCAAUGCUGUGGGAUUUAACAUCAAACAAGUUCCUAUACACAUUGGCCAGCGGUGGAACUAUAAAUGCACUAUGCUUCUCUCCGAAUCGGUAUUGGCUCUGCGCUGCAGUUGGACCAAGCAUCAAAAUAUGGGAUUUGGAAAACAAAGUACUGGCCGAUGAUUUGCGUCCUGAAUUGAUAUCUGCCAAUGCAUCUGGAAAGCAGCUGACACCGGACUGCACAAGUCUAGCAUGGUCUGCUGAUGGCCAAACUUUGUUUGCUGGAUUCACAGACAACCUAAUUCGCGUGUGGCAGAUGACUUUGUACGGUAACUAA